UUUUUGCUUGCAAAUCUACUAUCUACUUGACACUGGUUCCUGUUCAAUACAUGUCUAUUGUAUUCAACGUUCAAUAGAUAAAUUAAUUGUUUUGAUAACAGUGUAUUAAUAAGUACACAAACAACUGAUUAGUGAAGGAACCCUUUACAAACGCAUCGAUCAAAGAGGCGGAAUUUGCUUGAGAAAGUGCAAAAAGUUUUGAACUUUUGGAGAAUAUUUAAAAACCAUUAUUUAAGCGUAAGCUUGCUUAUAAUAUGGAGUAUAUAAGAGCUCAUUCAAAAGUUAUACCUGUGGUUAUACCAAAGAAUGUACUUGCGGAACUUCCAGAAACCUACACAUUGUCAGAGGAAGAAAUAAGCUAUUUAGCUAAACAUGGCUUCCUUGUGAUAAAAGGACUCAUUGAUUUCACUACAUUGUACAGCUGCAAACAGCAGUUUUCGAAGAUCUGCAAAGGAUUGCAGGAUCCUGGUAACAUCCUGGUUGUGAAGGAACCCUCGCUGAUCAACACCGGAGCCAAGGGAGAAGACCUCAUCAACAAGCUACAAGAAAUACACCAUGACGAAGUCUUCAUCAACUACACGGAGCACCCACGUCUCCUCCACGUCCUCUCUCAGCUAAUCAGAGCUGACAUGUCUGUGAUGCACAGCAUGCUCAUCAACAAACCGCCGGGCACGUCACGCCACCCGCCCCACCAGGACCUGUUUUACUUCCCAUUCCGGCCUGCAGAAUGGAUCAUGGCAGCCUGGACGGCUAUAGACGACGUCACCGUCGAGAACGGUUGUCUGUACGUAGUGCCUGGCUCACACUUAGAGAACAAGUUGCACGAUCAUGGAACAGUGCCGAACUCCAACCGUCUUUACCACGGUAUCUUGGACGAGGCGGGCACGGCUCCCGAACAGAAGAGGGUCUAUUUGGAAAUGAGUCCCGGCGACACGGUGUUCUUCCAUCCUCUGCUAGUUCAUGGCUCCGGGCCUAAUGUAUCCAAGCGCUACCGCAAAGCGAUCACAGCGCACUACGCUAACAGCGGCUGUCAUUUCCAUGAUGAAAAGGGGGAACUGGCGAGACAGAUUGAAGCAGAGACUAAGAAGAAAGGAUACACGAUCUCCUACACGGACGUGUGGAAAUUGAAAAGCAAGCAAAUAACUAUGAAGAGUCGUCUGUAGAAGCUUACAGAUAGAAUAAGAGGUUUUUUUUACUAUGGGACUGGGUACCUGGAUACGUAUGGUGACUGUUUUUAUAAGGCUAUAUGAAAUGUGAUAUAUUAAUGAAUGACAUUAUGAAUUGUAUUAUAUUGAAUAUAUUGUACUUCUGUUUAAUUGUUACA